UCUUUAACGACAAGUAAACACUUUGCGCGUAAGGUUGCGUGUGUAUCCACACAUUAGGCGACAGACUGAAGGAGAGAGUUUAUAAAUUAAAUAAUUUUUUAUUGUACCACAUAACAUUGUGAAUCGGUCACCGAACACACUUAAAUAAAGUUUCUGUUGAAAAUCUUCACUUCCUGUUUGCAAAGAUGGAGGUACAGGGAAUGUUUCCUCCGCAGUCGCUUUCUGCUAAAUUUGAGGGGUCAUUUGCCUAUCUGACUGUGAGAGACAGACUACCAACCAUACUGACAAAAGUGAUUGACACGUUACACCGCAAUAAGGACAAUUUCUUCAAAGAGUAUGGAGGGACAGGAGUCCAGGCAGAGAAGAGAGCCAUUUCCUUCCUGUCCAAGCUGAGGAAUGAACUGCAGACAGACAAGCCUGUGCUGGCUUUGACUGAUAAUGUUAAGGACACAGAGGCCUGGAACCAGUACAUGCAAAGACAACAGGACCUGAUGGAGGACAGGCAACCUGCCAGCUGGUUCAAGUCUCCAUGGCUCUAUAUGGAGUGCUAUAUGUACCGGAGGAUCCAGGAGGCUCUGUAUAUGAAUCCACCGAUGAGUACAUUUGACGUAUUUAAGGAGGGAAAGACGCAAAGCUUCUUUGAAUCUCAAGAGGCGAUUAAAUCCCUCUGUACAUACCUUCAAGAACUCAUCACCAACAUGGAGAAUAUGACGGAGAUGCAGCUGCGAGAGCACUUUCUCAAGUUGUUCCAGGUGUCCUUGUGGGGAAACAAGUGUGAUCUGUCCAUCUCUGCUGGUCAGGACAACUCUCAAAGAUCUAGUUCCCUUGAUUCUCUUCCUGAUCGCCAACGCUUCAUCCUAGUAGAUGACUCUAACAAAGUUUGGUCUACACUGGUUGCUGCUCAAGAGUGUAAAGCCUCAGGGAUGAAACAUGCAAGAGUUGACAUUGUUUUAGACAAUGCUGGUUUUGAGCUUAUUACAGAUCUGGUCCUUGCCGAUUUCCUUGUUUCUGCCGGACUUGCCAAGCAAAUCAGAUUUCAUGGCAAGUCCUUCCCAUGGUUCGUUUCAGACGUCACCAAACAGGACUUUGAUUGGACCAUCAUGCAGACAAUGGUGGCCAAUCAUAAUUGGAUGUCAGCAAGCGGUGUCCAAUGGAAGCAUUUCAUAAAGGAGGGCACUUGGUCCUACCACGACCACCCUUUUUGGACCUUGCCGCAUGAGUUCUGCGAUAUGGCAGCUGAUGCAACUGAUCUUUAUACUAUGCUACAGAGCUCUGACCUCAUUCUGUUCAAAGGAGAUCUGAACUACCGCAAGCUGACUGGUGAUAGAAGUUGGGAGCACACAGUUCUGUUUGAUAAAGCAUUGAGAGGGUUCCAACCAGCCCCACUCUGUAGUCUCAGAACAUUGAAGGCUAAUGUUCAGGUAGGCUUACAGCCAGGCCAGGCUGAGAAGCUCAGUUGUCAGGAUCCCAACUGGAUGACCAAUGGCAAAUAUGCUGUGGUUCAGUUUUCCAGUCCACACAGAGAACAGUAGUGUAAUUUUUCAAAGAAAAGCUUUCCCUGCAAUCAUACAGAUUCUUCAGUGACUGAAGAAAUGAAGACCAAGCUAAAGAUAUUGCUUUCUGCUGCUUCAGUUGCCAAAUGGCAAACAAAGAUCUAACACUGAUGUUAUUUUCUUGUUAGAAUGAUGUAUUUUUGAAGAUAAACAUGACAUUGUUUUUCACUUCUAGUUAAUUAAAAGAUUUAUCUGUUUGCACUGCUACUUUUUAUUUUGUACAAGUACGGUUACUACAAGAAAGUACAGAUGUGAAAAUUGCCUGUGCUCCGCAUGCAUACGUUUCCAUAGAUGUGUUGUUUGGGUAUAGUGCACAUUAAAAACAAAAAAGGUAUUGACAUUGAAUUUUAAUUUCUAAUUAUAUGCCUUGUGCAUUUCAGGCUGUAUGUGCAACACAUUUUGUUCUUCAGUGUAUCCUCUGUUUUUUUUUUUAAACAAAAUACUGCUAGUAGUGCAAUAAUGAAAACACAGAAGCAAGUUGAUGAAAUGCAUAAACCCUUCCAAGGAUUUGUUUUAGCCAAGAACUAAAUCAUAAUAAUGUACUAACUUGAAUAUCUUGUGAGACACUUUUGCUUUUUGGCUGGUGAAAAUCUUUGGGAGUAUGCAUCUUUUGACGUUGAAGGGUUACUUGUUUACACUUUGGAUUGUCUAGAACUUUGUUACAAAACAAGUUUACCUGAUGUACCAGUGUCUAUUGUGUUUAAAAUUGUAACAUGACUGUUUCUAUUUAAGCUUAUUUAUGAGCAUGUUGCAAACAGUGUGGGCCAGGUGGGCAUUGUGUCCAAUCCUGUACGCGUGUAAUAAUAAAAUGCCAACUCUUUGUUUUGAAUGUUGAAUGCAAUUACAAUUUUAGAAAGAAACUGAAUAACAAUAAAUGAGCCAAAAGACAUGACUCUUGUGUUUUU